AUGGAUGCGCACAGCAAAUUGAAGCCCACCCUCGAGGACUACAUCCUAGAGAUGGAAACCCGGCCACCCGACAGUGGUCAGAUCACGGAAAAGGACGUGUGGGCGCAGCUGCACCAAAAAGAGGCCGAUCUGCUGCUGGCCGCCGAGCUCGGCAAGGCACUGUUGGAGAAGAAUGAGGAACUUAAGAAGAACCAGGAAAAGCUGAUCGACGAUUACUCGGCAAAGGUGGAGAACUUGGAGCAGGAAAAGUACAUCCUUAAGCGACAGUUGGAAAUCAGCUCGAGCGAAAAUGAGGCAAUCAUACUGGAGCUGCAGGGCGACAUCAAGCAGUUCCGGCAGAAGCUGGAAGCGCAGGAGCAAAUCAUGCGCCAGAUGGAGCGGGAGAAGAACAUGCUGAUCGAGGAGCUGACCGCGCAAAACAGCCGGCUGUCGAACGAGCUGCAAAAGUCGAACGUGACCGAGCAGCAGCUGACGGCCCAGCUGCAGGAAAUCAAGGAGCAGUGCAAUCGCCGCACGCUCAGCAUACAGGACCAUGUCAACAGUCUCGAGAGCCUGAAGAACGAGCUGCGGCUAAUACUGGAGAAGAAAAACGAGCUGGAGAAUCGGCUGCACAUGACGGCGAACGAACGGGAGAACCUGUCGAUCGCGCUGAACGAAGCGUCGGAAAGGAUACACAUCCUGGAGCGAAGUACGAAGGAGCAGGACACCAAGUACCAGAUGACGGUGCAAACGCUCGAUCGGCUGGAGCGCGAGAACGGGACGCUCAGUGAGCGUUUGGAGUCGUUCGAUUCGCAGCGCUCGUUGCACGGCGAGCUGCAACACCACUCCUCGCUGCUGCAGGAGAUGAACGGCGAGGAGGAGGGUAGCGGUGCGAAGGACGAAGCCAGCCAUCUCGUCCUAAAGGAGGCUCAGUCGGUGUACAAACAGCUAAAGACACUAUGCCAAACACUGCGCAGCACUCACCACGAUGAUGAUUCGGGUCUUCACUCGGACAUGUCCUUCUCGUCGCUGGACAACACGAUGGCGUCCGUAUCGAUGGCGGCACCGAACUCGGUGACGGAAGCAACCAGCGCCAGUAUGACCGUGAAUGACAAAUUCAGCCGUGGCAUGCUGUCGGCCGUCGCGGACGAGCUCGUGCACAUCAUCAUGAACUUGGACGCGAUGCAGUUCAAGACAAUGUUUGAGCAGACGCGCUCGAUGCUGAUCGACCAGGAGGAAGAGAUGAAGAAAAAGAACGACGUCAUUAUGCAGUUGGAAAGCAAACUGUCGGUGCGGGAGGUGGAACUGCAGAGUACGAUCGAGGAGCGCAACCAGGCCCGGGAAGAUGCAUCCCAUUCGAGUUUGGCGCAGGACGAGACGGUCGUCCAGGCACGCAAGGAUCGCGACGCAGCUAUCGAGCGACGUACAAAGGCGGAGGUCGAGUUGGCUAAAAACCGUGUCGAGCUAAUGCAAGCCAACAGCCAGCUGCUGGAAGCGAUCCAGCAGAAGGUGGAGCUGCUGCAGCAACUCGAACAGUGGCAGAUCGAUAUGCACGAGCUGAUCGAGGAACAGAUGAAGAACAAGCUGAUCGAGUCUAGUACAAAGCCGCAGCACCAUCAGCAGCAGUCGCAGCAAUCGUCCGGCGCUUCAACGGCCGGUGGCCGCAAGAGCCGCCUGCUGGAUCUGUUCUACCACCGAUAG